AUGGCUAAGAAAGAGCAAAAAUCAAAAACCUCUCAACGUAAAGAGCAACGUAAAAGAGAACAAGAUUAUAUUAGAGAGUUGGAAACACGUAUUGAAGAAUAUAACCCAAAAAAUUCGAAUGCAGUAUUUUUUAAAGAUUUACCGAUAAGUAAUGCCACUCUAAGAGGUUUAAAAGAAGCUUCUUUCGUUAAGUUAACUGAAAUUCAAAAAAAUUCAAUUCCUAUCUCAUUAAAAGGAUAUGACGUAUUAGGCGCUGCUAAGACGGGUUCUGGUAAGACAUUAGCGUUCUUGAUUCCUGUCUUAGAAAAACUAUAUAGAGAAAAUUGGACUGAAUUCGAUGGCCUUGGUGCUUUAAUUAUUUCUCCAACAAGAGAGUUGGCAAUUCAAAUUUAUGAAGUUUUAUUAAAAAUUGGUUCACGCACUUCUUUUUCAGCUGGUUUAGUGAUCGGUGGUAAAGAUGUUAAAUUUGAAUCUGAAAGAAUCUCUAGAAUUAAUAUCUUAAUUGGGACACCGGGUAGAAUUUUACAGCACAUGGAUCAAGCUGUUGGUUUAAAUUUAAAUAAUUUACAAAUGCUAGUCUUAGAUGAAGCAGAUAGAUGUUUAGAUAUGGGUUUCAAAAAAACAUUAGAUGCUAUUGUCAAUAACUUACCUAUAUCAAGACAAACUUUAUUAUUUUCAGCAACUCAAUCUCAAUCGUUGGAUGAUUUGGCUAGAUUAUCAUUAACUGAUUAUAAAUCAAUUGGUACUUUGGAUAUUGUUAAGGAAAAUGAAACUGGUGCUUCAGCAACACCUGAAACUUUACAACAAUCUUAUAUUGAUGUACCUUUGCAGGAUAAACUGGAUACCCUUUUCAGUUUUAUAAAGACUCACUUAAAGAAUAAAAUGAUAAUAUUUUUAUCAUCAUCAAAGCAAGUUCAUUUCGUAUAUGAAACUUUUAGAAAAUUACAACCUGGUAUCUCAUUAAUGCAUCUACAUGGUAGACAAAAACAAAAGGCAAGAACUGAAACUUUAGAUAAAUUUAGCCGAGCACAGCAAGUCUGUUUAUUUGCUACUGAUGUUGUUGCAAGAGGUAUCGAUUUCCCAUCUGUUGACUGGGUUGUCCAGGUUGAUUGCCCUGAAGAUGUCGAUACAUAUAUUCAUAGAGUAGGUAGAUGUGCUCGUUAUGGUAAACAAGGUAAAUCUCUAAUUAUGCUAACACCAACUGAAGAGGCUGGGUUCUUAAAGAGAUUAGCCUCCAAAAAAAUUGAGCCAAAAAAAUUGGUAAUUAAGCAAUCUAAGAAAAGAUCAAUUAAACCACAAUUGCAAUCUAUUUUAUUUCAAGAUCCUGAAUUAAAAUAUUUGGGACAAAAAGCCUUUAUUUCUUACGUUAAAUCGAUUUAUAUUCAAAAAGAUAAAGAAGUUUUUAAAUUUGAUGAGUUACCAGUUGAAGAGUAUGCAAAUUCUCUAGGUUUGCCAGGUGCUCCAAAGAUUAAAAUUAAAGGUAUGAAAUCAAUAGAACGUGCAAAACAAAAGAAGAAUGCUUCAAGGUCAUUAAUGGCACUAUCAAAGAUGAAUGAAGAUGGCGAACCUGAAAAUAUUGACAAGUCUACGGAUGAAGCUAAACAAGAAACAAAAGUUAGAACCAAAUAUGACAAGAUGUUUGAACGUAAGAAUCAAACUAUCUUAAGUGAACAUUAUUUAAAUAUUACCAAACAACAGGCUAAUGAUGAUGAAGAUGAUGAUUUCAUGACUAUAAAACGUCAAGACCAUAAAUUGGUAGAGGAAGAGUUACCGGAUUUAAUUGUACCUACUUCCAAAAGAUCUCAAAAGAAGGCCUUAUCAAAGAAAGCGUCAUUAUCAUCAAAGGGAAACGCUACUAAAAUGGUUUUCGAUGAUGAUGGACAAGCCCAUCCAAUUUAUGAAUUAGAGGGUGAAGAAGAAUUUAUUAAUAAAGGUAGUGCUGAGGAUCAAAAGAAGGAAUUUUUAGCCAAAGAAACUGAAGUAAUGAAUGAGGUUGAUAUUGAAGAUAAACAAGUUGCAAAAGAAAAGAAGCAAGAAAAGAAAAGAAAAAGAUUAGAAAUGUUGAGAAAAGAAAUUGAAGAUGAAUAUGCAGAAGAAUAUGGAAUUAAUGAAGAGCCUGAAAAUGAAGCUUUCCUUGGUACUGGUAACUUAAGUGAUGAUAUGGAGAGUGAUUCUGAUGAUGAUUCGCGUACCAAAAAAGAAGUUUCAUAUAAAAGAAAUAAUGAAUCUGAUUACGAAGGUGAGUAUGAUGAUAACAUUAUCGAGAUGGAAGAGCCAAACACUCUGGAAGAUUUAGAAUCUUUGACUGCCAAGCUGAUUGGUAAUUAG